GGGAUGUAGCUGCGGGUAGGAUGGGUCAUCGCUGCCGGCUUCGGUGAGACUCGCUCGCGUGGACCGCCCGCGGCGGGCCCGCAGUGGCCGCGGCGGCAUGAAGGGCGCUCUGGGGAGUCCUGUGGCCGCGGCCGCCGCAGGCGCCGCGAUGCAGGAGAGUUUCGGCUGCGUCGUGGCCAACCGCUUCCACCAGCUGCUAGACGACGAGUCGGACCCGUUCGACAUCCUGCGCGAGGCCGAGCGCCGACGCCAGCAGCAGCUGCAGCGCAAGAGGCGCGACGAAGCGGCGGGGGCGGCGGCCGGGGCUGGCAACCGCGGCGGCAGGAGCCCGGCUGGGGCCUCGGGCCACAGACCCGGCGCGGGCGGCGGCCGGAGGGAGUCUCAGAAGGAGCGCAAGAGCCUCCCGGCCCCCGGCGCGCAGCAGCCAGACAGCCCAGGGGGCGGCCCUCAGCCGCCCGGCCAGAAACGAACUUCCAGAAGAGGCGAGCAGCAAGGAUGGAGUGAGAGCCGGGGGACAGAGGUGACGCUUGAUAGAGCAGAGCGGAGAUCCUACAGGGAAUAUCGACCCUAUGAGACGGAGAGGCAGGCCGACUUUACACCUGAGAAGUUUACAGAUGAAAAACCAGUUGACAGGUUUGAUCGAGACAGACCACUGAGAGGUCGUGGAGGCCCAAGAGGGGGCAUGCGAAGCAGAGGCAGAGGUGGUCCUGGGAACAGAGCUUUUGACGGUUUUGACCAGAGAGGGAAACGAGAAUUUGAGAGAUACAGUGGGAAUGAUAAAAUAGCAAUCAGAACUGAAGACAACACGGGUGGAUAUGGAGUUCGCACCUGGGGAUCAGGUAAAGAUACCAGUGACAUGGACCCGACUGCCCCCAUGGAAGAGACCACAGUGGUGGAGGAGUCCCUGGGCCCCCUGGAGGAGGAAUCUCCAGCCAAAGUUCCUGAGUUGGAGGUAGAAGAAGAAACUCAAGUUCAAGAGAUGACCCUAGAUGAGUGGAAAAAUCUUCAAGAACAGACCAGACCAAAGCCUGAAUUUAACAUCCGGAAACCUGAGUCCACUGUCCCUUCCAAAGCAGUGGUGAUACACAAGUCUAAAUAUAGAGAUGAUUUGGUAAAGGAUGACUACGAGGAUGAUGCCCACGUUUUCCGGAAAGCGGCCAAUGACAUCACAUCCCAGCUGGAGAUUAAUUUUGGUAACCUCCCUCGUCCCGGGCGUGGAGCCAGAGGUGGCACCCGGGGAGGCCGGGGAAGGAUCAGAAGGGCAGAAAACUAUGGACCCAGAGCAGAAGUGGUGAAAAGACACAGUGAACGUGAAUACCUGACCUGAGAAGUCUUGUGAGAGUGAAUGUCAUGUUCAGCCAUGAUAACCCGCUGGUGCAGCGUGAAGAUGUGUCACUACUCAUCAGGCUUGAGCUGUCACAUUAAGUCAUUUUGCCUUGCCCUGGCUUUGAAGAUUGGCAAAACAGAGAUCCUUCUCAAGAAAAUUCCCUUUAGUGUUGUGAAUAACAAUUGAAAAGCCCAUUGUGCUGGAUUUAACGUAUUUGCAAACACUGCAUCCUUCCCAAACACAUUGAGGAUUCCCGUAUCACGGAGCAGUCUCGGGUCGUGUGGUCAGAAAAAGUUUGGGGGAAUAGGGGACGGUUUCUGAGCCUGCUCGAGGUCUUCAUUUGCUCACCAGGACUACCUCUUGCCAAUUUGGUGGGGCAGAUGAAUGUCAGGCUUUUGUCAUGUGGUUGUCCACAGUCCGGCCCCAGAGAAGACAGAGCAGAAGCAAAGGGCAGGGGAAAUCCAUGAUGUGCUGUAGGGAAACUCAGGAGGCAGGACUGUGUAUUCGGACCUAUAUACAAGGCAGAGCCUUCCACAUGACAGUGCCUUGCGAGACUCCUUUGAGGUGCUUGGGUGUAGACGUGUUGUUGUGAGGCAGGACACAUUUCUGGCCAGUAACCUUAAUACUAAGCAAAUUAACCCCAUUAAAGAAAACUUGUGAGCCUAACAGACUCUCUUGGAAAGUGGGAGGUCAAGCAUGUAU